AUGAAAAGAGGCAGAGAAGAGGGUGAGUUAGACAACAUGGCUAAUUGUUUGAUGCUGUUGACCAAAGUUGGUGAGAGUGAAACCAAGUUAAGGGAUAGUAAUAAUAUGGGUGAUUACAAGUGCAAAACUUGCCAUAGAAGGUUCUCUUCUUUUCAAGCCCUUGGUGGCCACAGAGCAAGUCACAAGAAACCAAAGCUCAUGAUCACAGAUCUUUCGUGUCAUCGCGAGUUACCUAGUCCAACCACGAAACAACAACCUAGGAUGCACCCAUGUCCCAUUUGUGGGCUUGAGUUUGCCAUUGGACAAGCCCUGGGAGGGCACAUGAGAAAACAUAGAACUGCCAUUAAUGAUGGCUUGUUGAAUCGUAGAGAUUCGGAUUCUUUGUCCAUCUUCAAGAAAUCGAAAGACGGUGGAAGGUUGAAUCUGUGUUUGGACUUGAACUUGAUGCCAUUGGAGGAUGAUGAUCUUAAGCUCAACCUAAGAACACCCUUUCUCAAUUGUUUCAUGUGA